AUGGAUACCAGUCCCGCUCCCCCCGCGAUUCCCGCCGCCCUGGCGAGUCGCGACGAGGUGCUCGCCAGCGUGACUCCCGCUGUGGGGAGGCGCGCCGCUGACGUGUGGGAUGGCGGGAAACUGUCCGACGUGUCGUUUGGCGGGAAAGGGUGGAACCUGGGUGAAGCGAAAUGCUUAGGAUCGAAUCCGGGCGAAGCCUACACCGUCGGCUUCGAUAUACUCACAGGCACAGCAGCAGGAGCAGCAGCAGGAGCAGGGGCAGUAGCAGCGAGCAGCAGAGCAAGGGCAGGGGGGAGAGGACGUGGACGAGCAACAGGGGGAGGAGAAGGGGUGCCAUGUGUGAAGGUGGAAGGGAAAUGCACGUGCCCAGCACACGCCAGACCUCUCCUUCACCCCCUCCCCCUCCUCUCCCAUGCUUCGCUUUCUCUCCCCUUCCCCACGCCCCCCACCAUCUACGCCACGGCAGGUCGGUCAGCCAACGGAGUGUGCAAGCACGUGGUGGCGCUGCUUCUCGAGCGCGCGUCUCAGCUGUCCUCCAUGCCACCCGUUUCUAGUGCAAGGGUGCCAAACAGCACAGUCGCCACGUCACUUCACGCUGCUGACACGUCAGCUCCUGCUGCUGACACGUCAGCCCCUGGACGUGACGCGUCAGCAUGUGCUCCUCGCCUUCUCUCCCUCUCACCAUCCCCCUGUCCCUUUCUCCUUGCCUCUCUUCCUCCUCCCUUCCACCCAUUCAGGUCCCAUCUCCCUUUCACCUCCGCUCCCAUGCCCCCUCUAAUAUCCCUCUCUUCUUGCUCCCCUUGUGCCUUCCACCACAGCACGCCAAGCCCCAGUCGCCCUUAG